GAACGAGCUGGAUCGGACUGCCCGAGAUGGCCGGUGAAGCUUGAAGGCUAUAUUCGUCUUUAAAUUCUGCCGAUUGGCUCGAAGUUAGCAUGCUUGAUAUAUGACUCCAGAAACGACGACAAGGUGUGAAGAUAGCCCGCGCCAUGUUGAUAAACUCUGAACAGGUGGCCCCGCGAUCAGUGGAAUCAAGUGCAGAUAACUCCUACAUCAACUGCCUUGGUGCUAGCAGCUGUCAAGAUGGCGAUAUCUGCAGCUGCAGUUAGUCGACUUUGGCGCUUCCCAUCCAAUCUACGCUCUUCAAGUUACAUACGCUUCUCACCUUAAGCAUCCAGGAAAGAUAGAACCUGUCAUGGCCCAAGUACUCCGAGGGUAUUGUGUCCCCAUGCUUAUCAUGUCAAUUUACUUCGCUCUCUUGCCAGGAAGACUCAUCGUCCCUUAUUCGACUGGCAUUCUCCCAACGUCUACUUCUCGUGGUUACUUACUGGUGUUUACAAAAAACUGCGCCACCGCUCUUUAUCAUAGAUGCCCUGCAUGCAUUUGCAAAUGGUAUUCUGAUAAUCAGCGAUGUAGAGUCAAACAACAUCUCAACUUCUAA